CAUAUAUACUCAUACGUUGUUCAGUGUUAAAAUGUUCAUACAAAUCAUAACUCAAAGAAAAACAACCCCUCAACGGUCGAUGUGUGAUCCCAUUAGAGAAGAUGGCUCUAACAAAAGAGGCGCCGUGAGUAAGGAAAAAAGGCCGUAUAUUCAUAGAGAAUGGUCGUGGGCCGAUAUAAUACGAGCGUUAACCGUUAUCAAUGUGCACUUUUUGUGUCUCUUGGCACCAUUUAACUACAAAUGGGAAGCAUUACGGUUCGGUUUCGUGCUCUACGCAUUGACUUCACUCAGCAUCACAUUCUCAUACCAUAGGAACUUGGCUCACCGGAGCUUUAAGCUUCCGAAAUGGCUUGAAUAUCCUUUAGCUUAUUUUGCUGUUUUUGCUCUUCAGGGUGAUCCGUUGGAUUGGGUGAGCAUACAUAGGUUCCAUCACCAGUUCACAGAUUCUGACCGUGACCCACAUAGCCCUAUCGAAGGAUUUUGGUUCAGUCAUGUGUGGUGGAUAUGUGACACUCGUUAUAUCAAAUAUAAGUGUGGAGGACGUAACAACGUGAUGGACUUGAAGCAGCAAUGGUUCUAUUGGUUUCUACGAAUGACAAUUGGUUUCCACGUCUUAAUGUUUUGGACUGUCCUCUAUCUCUAUGGUGGUUUACCUUACCUUACAUGCGGCGGGGGCGUUGGAGGUGUGAUUGGGUACCACGUGACAUGGCUCGUGAACUCGGCAUGCCAUAUUUGGGGUUCGAGAUCAUGGAAGACUAAAGACACAUCUCGUAACGUUUGGUGGCUAAGCUUAUUUACAAUGGGAGAGAGUUGGCACAAUAAUCACCACGCCUUUGAGUCAUCGGCGAGGCAAGGAUUGGAGUGGUGGCAGAUAGACAUAACUUGGUAUCUUAUUCGACUAUUUGAGGUUCUCGGGUUAGCCACUGACGUGAAAUUGCCCUCGGAAAUCCAGAAACAGAAACUGGCUCUGACUCGUUGAUCAUCUGCAUGAGAGAUUUAUCAGAAUUUUAUAUUUUUAAAAAGUUAUCAAAGUUACUAUAAAAGAGGAUAAUAUAGAUGAGAGUUUAUGAUUGUUAUAGUCUUAUUGAUAUUUUCCACUAUAAAUUGUUGUUUUCUGUCUUUGGAGUAGGAUUUAAAUGCGGCAAAAAAGGUAUCUAUUUUUUUUUUAAUAAAAGGCUUAAGUUGAAGUAAGAUAUUGUAUGAUCAUUAUAUAAUGUUGUUUUCAAAUGAAUAUUUGCAUUAUUAAUUACGCUCAAUAUAUAUAUGUAGUUUCAUUAAUGUUAAAUAAGA